AUCAAUUUGCAAACCUUUACUUCUUGUGUGGUUUUAAUCUUCUGUUCCUGUUUUGUUUGUGCUCUAUUGUGUUGAACUGUCCUUUGAUUUAAGUGUUCUCUUGAACUUUAGGCUUUUUUUGUUUUAAUCUCUUCAUCUGGUUCUAAAAGCAGAACGAUGUUUCAUCCGGAACCUUUGUGGCCGUUUUCCCACGGACUCUUUUCAGCGUUGCACAAAACAUGGCGCCGCUGAAACAUGUCCGGACACUCCGUCAGCGCGAGCUAUGCGGACGCGUUUUGGUGUUUUCUGACGUCAUGUUUCUUUGCAGCUUUCUGUUUGUAUAAACUCUCAAAGCACGUGCCGAGAAAAUAUGAAACAAGUGUCGUGCUGGUUCUGUUUCAGGAUCUCAUCCGGUACGGGAAGACCAAACAGAACCUCAGACGUCACGGCUGGCUGCGCGCGUGCGACCUCCCUAAAAGGUGGUUCUGGCACUUCUACGCCGUCUCCGUUGGCUGGAACGCUUUCCUUCUGUCUCUGUACCUGAGCGCCACCUUCCGUCAUCGGCCCUACCCGCCAUGGCUCGCCGGGGUGUUGGACUCUCUGACGGACGCCCCCCCGGCGGACAGCCCCGUCCCGCAGAUGUCCACGCUGCUGGUGCUGCUGCUGCUCUGCGUCCACGCGCUGCGGCGCCUGCUGGAGUGCCUGCGCGUCAGCGUCUUCUCUGACGGCGCCGUGCACGCGGUGCAGUACGCGUUCGGCCUGUGCUACUACGUCGCGCUGGGGCUGACGGUGCUCUGCACCGACCGCCUGGGGACAGGGACCGGACCCCCCCUCUCUCAGCUGGACUGGUUCCACGUGGCCGGAGGCUCGCUCUUCCUCGGGGCCUCGGUGCUGCAGCAUCGGUGCACGGUGCUUCUGGCCAGGCUGCGCACCGGGAAGUCCGGCGCCGUGGAGACGCUGGCUCACCGGCUGCCGGAGGGAGGCUGCUUCGAGCUGGUGUCCUGCCCGCACUACUUCGCCGAGCUGCUGAUCUACGUCUCUCUCGCCCUGGUGUUGGGGGGCCGCUCUCUCACCUGGUGGCUCGUCGUCCUCUACGUGCUGUUCAACCAGGCGCUGGCGGCGCAGCUCUGUCACGACUUUUACGUCGGAAGGUACGAGUCGUACCCGAGGCGCAGGAAGGCCUUCAUACCGUUUGUGCUGUGAGAGCAGAACUGUUGGACCUGGAGAGUUAAACUGGGCUCACGCCAUCGUCCACUGGUUGUGAGACACAUGAAGCUGCUCUCAAGAUGUCUGAGGUUUGUGAUGCAGAACCAACUCUCCGGGUGAGAAGAGGUGAGCGGUCCCUAAUGAUACCGUACAUUCAUGUCUGUAUUAAUACAUACCAUCUUAUCUUGUUAUAACACACCUGAAAUAAUGUUCUGAUCGAGUGCUUCUUGUGUUGUAGAAACAUCUAGACGGUUUUCUUCACAAAACAGAAUUCAUAACAAAGGUUUUGCUAAAUUAAGUGUCACAGCAUAGAGAGAAACCAGCUUGGCUUAUUUUGUCUGGAACGACAAAAUCCUGCCGUUGUACAAAUAUUAGGAAGUUACUACAAAAAAUAUAUAACAUAACAAUUUUUCACUUCUACCCAAUUAAAAGAAAAACUGUUGCAGUGUAAUCCUUCUGUAUGAUUAUUUAUUACAUAAAGAAAUGAAUCCCUGCAGUAUUGGAGGAAUACACUAUAUGGCGAUGUUGAUUGAUUAUAAACAGAAUAAGUUUACUGUUAUUGUAAAGGUGCACAGAAUAUAUGCAUUUUUUGUUUUUGUACUUUUUUUCAAACAAAUAUUUAAAGGACUGUUCGGACAUGUAACUUGGUACGUGGUUAUUGCAGCCACUGAAUGAAAUAAAAUAAACAAAGUAUUGGAGCCCGCUUUAAUGGCUAAGGUGUGUGAACUUUAAAAACACAUAUAGAUAUGGUAUCAAACAUGUAUAAACACAGAGGGAUGCAGCAGGUAGCUUUGUAUACAAGUAAUCAAUUGAUUUGCCUCGUUUGGGGUCAUUUUGACAUUUAUUCCUCCCCAGUGGUCAAUGACAGCAAUAGUAAAAAUCGAGAAUAACUACAUAUUUAAAAAACAAAUACAUAUCGUAAUAAGAAAUAGUUGGCAAAGUUUUCCCCCCUCUUUUGAUAGUGAAGCGUUUUAACAACGUUUAAAUGUCGUGGCUCCCAGAUGGUGGAAUGAGCUCUCUGAUGACAUCAGGACUGCAGAGAGACUCUACCUUCACCAAAACACCAGCAAACCGUAGCACUGACAAAUGGUAGCACUUAAAUUGUACUUAUAAUGGCACUUUUCUAUAACAUGUUUUGAAACUGCUUAUUUGAUGAAAAAUGUACUUUCUUGUUACUUGUUCU